GCUGAAUGGCCGCCACACCGGCACCACGGACCUGGCGCUGACGCCCAACGGCGAGAAACGCAUCAAGGCCACGGGGAAGGCCCUCGUCGGGGAUGAUCGGUUGAUUGUGCCGAGGAAGGUGGUUCAUGUGUAUGUUCUUUUCUUUCUUUCUUUCUUUUUUCUUUCUUUAUUCUUUGUCUUAUCUUAUUCUUUUGCUUUGGUUUUGGUUUUUGAGGUUGAGAUUUGAGAUAAGCUUGAGUCUGAAUGAAUGAAUGAAUGUAUAGAUCGACCCCGCUAACACAUACAUGUCCAUGGAUGGAUGAAACAAUAUAGCUACGUCUCCCCCCGCUCCCGCGCCCAACGCACGCUUGAACUCCUCGAGAUCGGCUGCCGGGAGCGCCUCCCCUGGAACGCAGCCCGGAAGUCCGAGGACGAGGAGCCCAUCCGCACCGAAGCCCGCGUGCAGGUCACCGACGCCGUCCGGGAAUGGGAUUACGGCGAGUAUGAGGGAUUGACGAGUCGGCAGAUUCGCGAGAUGAGGGACGCUCGCGGUGAGGGGCCGUGGGAUAUUUGGAGGGAUGGAUGUCCCGGGGGAGAAUCCCCCACAGACGUAAUCGCCCGUCUCGACGCCGUGAUCGCCGAAAUCCGAGACAAAUACCACAAGCCAUGUCUGGACGGCUGUGGUGACGAAGGAAAGGGCGACGUGCUGGUCGUCGCCCACGGACAUAUUCUCCGGGCGUUCGCGAUGCGCUGGACCGGAAAGCCGUUGACGGAGACGGCGCUGAUUCUGGAAGCGGGUGGUGUGGGGACGUUGAGUUAUGAACACCACAACAUCGAAGAACCGGCGAUCAUUCUCGGCGGAGCGUUCGUGGUCGAUAGUUGAGUUAAAUCGUCGACAUAACGUAUCUAGGUAGGAUAAGGAUAUAUUUGUAGAUCGUGCGCGUGCGCGACGCGAGUCGAGUCGAGUCAUACAUCAUUCGAAUCGUGGAAACCCUACUCUCCCAUACAUACAUAAGCCACUGUUAGAAAGGACAAAAUCCAA